UGCGGAAGUAGAUUUCGACCGCGUUGCAUUGUGGCUAUUUGAAUCACAUCUUCUCCACACCCGUGCAAAGAACUGUUGGAUAAGAUGGACGCGGGUUUUUUCCGCGGCACCAGUGCAGAGCAAGAUAAUCGCUUCAGCAAUAAACAGAAGAAAUUACUGAAACAGCUGAAGUUUGCAGAAUGUCUGGAAAAGAAGGUGGACAUGACCAAAGUCAACCUGGAAGUCAUCAAACCUUGGAUCACACAGCGAGUUACAGAGAUCCUGGGGUUCGAGGACGAUGUCGUCAUAGAGUUCAUUUUCAACCAGUUGGAAGAAAAGAACCCGGACAGUAAAAUGAUGCAGAUCAACCUGACGGGGUUCCUGAAUGGUAAGAACGCCCGCGAGUUCAUGAAGGACCUCUGGCCGCUGCUGCUGAGUGCCCAGGAGAACAUUGCCGGAAUCCCCACGGCUUUCCUCGAACAGAAGAAAGAGGAGAUCAAACAGAGACAGAUUGAGCAGGAGAAACUGGCGUCUCUGAAGAGGAUGGAUGAAGAUAAGAAGGAAAACAAAGAGAGAGCUCAGUCCAAAAGCCCCAGAAGGAGGAAGUCCCGCUCCCCGUCCCCUAGGAGGCGCUCUCCUCCCAGGAAAGAGCGCAAGCGCAGCCCCUCUCGCUCACCCCGCCGCAAGCCCAGCCCUCUAGUGUCGCUCCCAGUCUCUCCACCCAAAGCCCCAGAGGAGCCACAGCCCGAGCCUGACCAAUCAGAGGCCUCCAAGCCACCGCUCCUCAUCCAGGAAGCUUCCUCCACCAGUGAUGCUGUGAAAGAGGUGGUGAAUCCAGACUCAAUCACCGAGGUCAAAGAGCCUUCCCCAGAGCCAGCGCUCAAGAAGGAGGAGCGUCCCAAGGAACGACCUCGCGAGCGCGAGAAGGACGGCCGGAGGGACCGACCACGGCAUCGCUCACGCACACGCUCCCGUUCCCGGAGACGACACAGGUCUCGCUCCAGGUCCUACUCUCCCCGUCGGAGGUCCAGCCCCCGCAGACGCAUGUCCCCGCGCCGCAGAAGCCCCCCUAGGCGCCCCCCUCCUGGCCCCAGACACAGACGCAGCAGAUCUCCAGUGCGCAAGCGACGCUCCCCCUCUGGAUCCUCCUCAGGCAGCUCUUCCUCCUCCUCCCGCUCGCCCAACAAGAAGCACACCAAGCGCUCGUCCAACACGCCUCCCCGCAAGCUGCCUCGGCCGGGCGAGCCCUCCGUCAGCCCGUCUCGCAGGCGGGUCCGCCCUUCCCCAGGCCCAGACGGCGCGGGCUCCCCGGGCAAGAACAGGCGCUCGGCCUCCCCCCACGCCAGGAAGGGUCGCGCCAGCUCCGGGUCCCCCGGCAAGUUCUCAGGUGCAAAACGAAAACCACCUGGAAGGAACAAAUCCCCAUCCCCAGUCCCCAAACACAGGCGCUCUGACCUAUCUGAGUCUGAGGAGGAUAAAGGUGGGAAGGGGGCCACAGCCGAUUCUGUGCAGCAGCGACGUCAGUAUCGCAGGCAGAAUCAGCAGUCGUCUUCAGCAGAUUCAGGGUCCUCCUCCUCCUCUGAAGACGAAGGUUCCAGACGGCCAGUGCGAGGACCUCCGGCCAGGAACGGCGAGGUCUGGAGGCGACGGAGUCCUUCACCCACCUCCCCAAGAAGACGACACAGAGAUGCCUCUCCCAGGAAAAGACGAAGUCCCUUGGCAGGAGCGCGGCGCCACCGCUCCCCUUCUCCCCCCAGACGCCGCCGGUCACCCUCUCCUCCCAGACGCAGGUCUCCCUCUCCUCCUCCACCUCCACGCAGACGCUCCCCGUCCCCCCGCCGCUACUCUCCUGCCAUCCAGCGGCGCUAUAGCCCGUCUCCCGUGCAGCAGAAGCGCCGGCCCUCGGGCUCCCCGCCACCCAGACGCCGGGCGUCUCCUUCCCCGGGGGCCAAGCGCCGGCCUGGCUCACGCUCCCGGCGCCGCAGCAGCCCCAGCCAGAAGAGGCGCACGCCCCCCUCCUCCAUGUCGCCCCCACAGCGCCAGCGUAGAAGCUCACCGCCCAGCGCGUCCCGGCCCCCUAGAGACUCCCGGCUCUCUCCCUCUCCCGCCGGCCGAGGCCAUCCGCACCCGUCGCGGGGGUCAGCCAGCCCCCAGGGUCGCUUCCCCCACUCCGGCUCACCGCAGCAGGCCCGUGGCCAGAGCCAGCAGUCCCCCUCUCACAACAACCGCCCCAUCCGCAGGGUCUCCCGCACCCCAGAGCCACGCAAGACCCAAAGUUCUCAGAGCCCCCAGCCGAUGAGAAGGGUGUCCUCUCGCUCUCGGUCACCUCCCUCACACCCUCCGCCUCUAAAGCGGCCGGCUCCUGGCUCCGCAUCACCCUCUCCGUCCCGCUCGGUCAGCGGAUCACCUCCUCCCCCCGCCAAGAAGGCCAGCAGCGCCUCUGCCAGUCCCUCUCCUAACAAGACGUCCGACGCUGAGGCUGGUGGGAAGAAAAAGAAGAAGAAGAAGGAGAAGAAACACAAGAAGGAGAAGAAGCACAAGAAGCACAAGAAACACAAGAAGGAGAAGGGUGCCGUGGCAGAGGCAGAGCCCGUGCCCGAGGCCGAGACUGAAGAUGGACCAGCCUUAGCUGAGCAGGAGGGUGAGGGAGAUGGCGACUCGUCCCCGAAAAAGGAAUCAGACAGUGAAGUAGACGACAGUCUGGAUGACUUGGAGAGACAACUACGUGAAAAGGCCCUGCGCUCCAUGAGGAAGGCACAGAUGUCCCCACCACCCUCCUGAGAAACAGCUUCCAAACUUCCCUCUCGAUUUCUUCCUUUCUCGCCCUGUGAUUUUCUUUUUUCAGUUAAGUUUGAUGUUGGUUCAGCUUUAGAAUGUACAAAUUGUUGAUGCUCUAAGUUUAUUUUUAAUGCGUUGGGUACACAGUGAAACAUGACUUCUACCGAGUGGGGAGUCGAGCUGCUUUUUGUUACAGCAUGGCCCCCAUUACUGUUUUAAUUUCCCUUUGCCCUGCCCCAUAAGACACUGUACAUGUAACCGAAUUGUUAUGGUUUGUUCAAGUCUCUUUGCUCCCUCUAUUCCUGUAUCUUUGUUUUAUACAUGACAAGUAAAGGAAAGUAGAGAAUUUGGUUUGUGUAUACCUCGUGCAGGUUAGCAGAGUACAGGUGGUGGGGGGAUGUUCUGUGAUUGCAUGUGCAGAAGCACUGAGUGUCUAACCUCCUGUGUGCAUGAAGCUGACGGUAAACCAAAAAAGAGAAAAUAAUCCAGUGAUGCAGAUCAAAGCUGCCACCUCGCCCUUCAGUCGCAGUCUUUUGGGGACCAGUUUUGGCCCCACUGUGUUGAGGUCGUAUUUCCACAGAACAAAACAGAAUCAUUCGUAUGAGUGGGAUUUAUUUUUUUGCCCUCUUCUUUUUUUUGGUAACUUUUUAAGUUGUUUGAAAUGUAAUGUAAAUUCUGACUUUGAAAAAGUCACAUUAAAAAGAGAAAACCUUUA